AUGGGGAAUUGCCAUACUACUGGUCCCAAUGAGGCUCUCGUGGUGUCAGGUGCUUGUUGCGGUUCAGGAGAGAAGAGAUAUGUUCAUGGUGGCUGGGCUUGGGCUUGGUGUGGUAUUACCGAUGUUCAAAGGAUCUCUCUGAAUGUUAUGACUCUAAAUCCGCUCUGUGAGAGCGUUGAAACGGCUGAAGGAGUCGCUCUUACUGUAACCUCGGUUACACAAUGUAAAAUCAUGACAGGCGAUCUGUUGCCUAUUGCCUGUGAGCAAUUUCUUGGGAGAAAUACAGAAGAUAUUGAAAACAUUAUUCUACAAACUCUAGAAGGUCACUUGAGAUCAAUUUUGGGCACUUUAACAGUCGAAGAAGUAUACAAAGAUCGCGAUCGAUUUGCCACUCUUGUACGUGAAGUGGCUUCUCCUGAUGUUGGUAGAAUGGGUAUCGAAAUCCUCAGUUUUACUAUUAAGGACAUUAUGGAUAAAGUAGAUUAUUUAAACUCUCUUGGAAAAUCACAAACAGCAGUUGUUAAGCGCGAUGCCGAUAUCGGAGUUGCUGAAGCGAAUCGUGAUGCUGGAAUUAGAAAAGCAGAGGCUGAAAGAGUUAGAAUGGAUGUUAGGUACACUGCCGAUACCAAUAUCGCUGAUUCUCGCCGUGAAUACGAAAUGGCUAAAGCUGCAUUUGAUCAGGAAAUAAAUAGUAUUAGAGCCGAAGCAGAAUUAUCAUAUGAGUUACAGUGUGCAAGAAUUAAACAGAAGAUCCGUAGCGAAGAAAUUCAAAUUGAAGUAGUAGAGAGGCGAAAAGAGAUUGAUAUCGAAGAGAAGGAAAUCCUUAGGAAAGAUAAGGAGCUUAUUGCUACUGUAAAGAGGCCAGCAGAAGCAGAAAGUUUUAAAGUAGAAACAAUUGCAGAAGGCCGUCGUGCAGAGACUGUGGCUAUAGCUCAAGCAGAAGCUAUGAAGAUUAAGGCCAUAGGUUCAGCGGAAGCUACUGCCAUUGAAGCAAUCGGCAAAGCUGAAGCUGAAAGAAUGAGACAGAAAGCCGCAGCAUAUAAAAAGUAUGGAGAUGCUGCUUUAGUUAGUUUGGUUCUUGAGGCACUACCAACGAUUGCAGCAGAAAUCACUGCUCCUCUAUCAAAGACAGAAGACAUCGUUAUUUUAGGCGGAAAAGACGGUAGUAUUAGAAACGAAAUAACUAACUUGGUAGGACAAUUACCGCCAGCUGUGCAGGCACUAACUGGAGUCAAUAUUUCAAAGGCCGUAGCCAAGAUCCCUGGAGCUCAAAUAAUGUAA